GGCAGCGGAGAAAGCAGGACAGCGCUGCUCCAGAACGACGACCACACCGGUGCCGUGGCGACGGCUGUGCGACGAGACGACGACUUGGCGGCGUGACAGCGACGACUUGGCGGCGCUGCGUAGUGGAAAUCGCAGCGACGGGUCACCCGUUGCAGCAGCGAGAGACGCGGUGGGCGUGACCGUGUUUGUUGAACAGCGCUGGUGACCUCGUAGCAGACGCCAUGCACUCGGGAAUCGCGUGCCGGUGCUUAUCCCGGUCUCUACUAGUGCUGCUGUGCGUGUUGCACGUAACACGGACCGUGGAGCGUCGUGCUGUGUGCUAUGCGCCGGGCUCUGUCUUCAUGCAAUUGUUCUUCGUGCAGGAGAGCGUCGAGCACUCUGUCGUGAUCACGGGCGAAAUAACCGGCCUCCAGCCAGGAGCCCAUGGUCUUCACGUGCACGCUUACGGGGAUCUUACCAAUGGCUGCAAUUCUACGAAAGGCCACUUCAAUCCCAUGCACAAAGACCAUGGUGGUCCGGAAGACCGCGAACGGCACGUGGGUGACUUGGGCAACAUCAAGGCCGAAGCUGAUGGCAAGGCCCGCGUGUACAUAACGGACAGCAUGAUCUCCCUUAUUGGCCACCACAAUAUCAUCGGUCGCGCCAUGGUGGUGCACGCCAACCCCGACGACCUGGGCAAAGGUGGGACAAACGAUAGCAAAACGUCUGGCAGCGCUGGUCCCCGCUUGGCGUGCUGCGUCAUCGGCUUUGUUUCCGGCUCGGCGUGGAAUAGUCCCGACUUGCGCCUUCUUUUCACAGCGUUUACCUUGCUCGUCGGCGUAUUCGCCAGGCACGGUGUUUGAAGCUGCUUGCGUUCUUUGAUUUGUGUGUACAUAGUUCUUUUAUCACUUGUUAAUAAAAGCCAAUUUAGGUAUUUGUUGUAA